CUUCCAUUAGGGUAAGAAUUCGAAAGAAUCUUCUCGAGAACUCCCAAUAAAGUAAGACAGCCGAAUAUAUGUCUUCCACCUUAAGUCGGAGAUCAUGUUAAGUACACCAAAAUUGUCUAUAUAAUGAAGAGUUCUCACAAAAGUGAAGCAACUGUGAACAUUUUAAGUGAACUCAAUGGCAAUGGGUGGAGGUGAGCUGGAACAAGCUUUAGAGAGAAUUUUCUCGUUUGUUCCCACCCUUGUUCUCAAAUCAGCCAUACUCCUCAAUAUCCCUGAUAUCAUCGCAAAAGCAGGCCCCAGUGCAUCCCUCACACUUCAUGAGAUCGCCUUAGAACUCCCCACUGAAACUCCCAAUCUGCAUUAUCUUUCUCGAAUUCUCACAUAUCUCUCUACCAAAGGCAUCUUUGUCCAAACGCAGACGAGCGAAAACCCAUCUGAUAUUCUAUAUGGGCUCACUGCUACUACAAAGAUGUUCUUCGUUAGAGAGAAUAAUCCAAGGAGCUUUGUGCCACUUCUUCUCAUGCAUACUCACCCAGUUUUAAUGACGUCAUGGCACCAUCUUCAUGAAUGUGUGCUUCAAGACUCUCAUGGAUUUGAGAAGGCUCAUGGAAAGGACUUGUGGGCAUACGGGAAGGAUGACCCACUUGUUAACAAUGUUGUCAAUGAUUGCAUGUCCACGCUUACAAAUCUGGCUAUAGAGCAAAUUGUGAGCUGCUAUGACGGUUUCAAGGAUGUGAAGACUUUAGUUGAUGUGGGCGGAGGAAAAGGAACGGCCUUGGCGCAUAUUGUGAAGGCUUAUCCCCACAUCCAUGGAAUUAAUUUUGAUCUUCCUCAUGUUGUUCAGACUGCCCCAUCAAUUCCAGGUAUCGAGAACGUAGGUGGCAGCAUGUUUGCUUCCAUACCUUCAGCAGAUGCCAUAUUUGUUAAGAAUGUAUUAAUAGAUUGGGAUGAGGAUAAAUGCGAACAGAUACUUGGAAAUUGCCACAAGGCUUUGCCUGAAAAUGGAAGACUCAUAGUGGCAGAAAAUAUUACAAUGGAGGGGUCAAUGUCAAAUAAAUCUACUGAUAUAGUUACAGAUCUGGUUAUGAUUGUCGUUGCAAACGGAGGAAAAGAGAGGAGUGAGAAAGACUGGAAAAGGCUGCUUCAAAAGUCAGGCUUCAGUGUAGUAAGGAUGGUGGAGCCUCCUGGACCAUUUUCAAAGUUGAAAAUCAUUGAAGCCAUCAAGGUUUAAACGGAAUUCAAGAGUUAAUUAUUAAUCGUCAAUCUAAGGCAAGUGGCAUUUAGAGUGGAUCUUUAUUUGCCUGUCAUCUCAAAUAAGUGUCACUAUAAUGAUAAUUGUUAGGUCCUACAAUCAUAUUACUUUCUAUAUAAUGCCAAAUCUUUAGCAUUUAUCGUA